GCUAGACAAACCAAAAACUAUGUGUGCCACCAUGGAAGCCGAUAGAAUGCGUGAUGAUCACUUGAUGGCACUACGGAGCGCCAAUCGACUGAAAGUGAGGCGACCGAUGACUUUCCCUUCUAAUGUUAAAAGAAUGGGAGCCAAUACAUCAACCAGCAAUGGAAAAGACCUUUCAUCAGGGGUUAAGCAUUUGUCUUGGGAAGAGAUGCAAAGAUGGAGGGAGAAACGCUUAUGCUUUAAUUGUGACGAGAAAUUCACACCCGGUCAUUGGUGCAAAGAAAGGCAACCGUUCUUCAUUGAAUGCAUUGAGUCCGAAGAAUAUGAAGUAGUGAGGGAUGAAUUGAAGAGUUUAAUCGAUCCUCACGAGGAGGACCCAGAGAUAUCGGUCCAUACAAUGGAGAGAACUCAAGGACCCAAGACGAUGAAGAUGUCGGCUUGGGUUCGUGAUCGACGUGUAAUUGUGCUAAUCGACAAUGGUUCGUCUCAUAAUUUUAUUAAUUCAUCAUUGUCCGAUAAAUUAAAUUUACAUGUCACAGAAGGUGAGCCAUUUGAAGUGAGGGUUGCUAAUGGUGAGAGAUUGAAAUGCUCGAAGUUUUACCGGGGUGUGUCGAUAAAAAUGCAAGGGGUCACUUUAAAGGCCGACUUGUAUGCACUACCUUUGGUAGGUCCGGACGUGGUUUUGGGGGUUCAAUGGUUGGAAGGAUUAGGUCUAGUUACUAUAGACUAUAGAGUGGGGACAAUGGAAUUUC